CUUUAUUGGUUUGAAGCUUCCAAACUUGGGUACAGGGACAUCUUUCCUUGGCAACAUAUUAAACACUAUACACCAGAAUAUAUCUUAUAAAAACCUGCAAACUAUAUUCAUAAAAUAUUCAUUUUCUUAGGGAAACCUACAAGUAAGCAAAGUGCGUUGUCUUGGUGGAAGUAUUUGAGAUACGGUGAAGAAUCUCCUAAAAAAACAAUUUUUGGUUAUUUCUUCAUUGAUUCUUGAUAUUUCGUUCUACUAAGUCCUAAACUUUACGUUCAUUUGGUAUUUUAUAUCUUUGACUAGUGAUUCACAACUUUUUCGUAUAUAAAUUGCUUUCUAUACUAUAAUCAAAAAGCAUUAGAUCGAACAAACAGUUUGCCUUAGCUGUCUUGAAAUAUCUUUUAAAUUAAAGCAAUAUAUAUAUUUUAGUCUGUUGAUGCUUAACCAGGAAGAUGCCUCCUAUUGACAAGCGCGACCUUCGAAAGCGGUACCGAUCACUAAUUAAUCAAGUUCAUGAAUCUCGCCUUGAGUUGGUGGACCAAGAAAACAAUGCCCUAAUUGAAACAGUGGCCUCCGCUAAUGAUUUAUUUUCAUCAGUUGAGGCACCCACAGAAGCUGCUUUGGAUGCUUUAUUGUUGACAAAAACUGUGGACUUGGCAUCUAUGAGAACCAAGCAACUUCAUAUAGGAAAACCAAAAUUCAAUAUUGAAUUGUAUAUCAGGCAGAUUAAACAAUUUUUGAGUCAAAAUAGUUCCAACGCCGUCAGCUCACAAUCUAACAAUCAUGAACUCGCAUGGUCAAGGUUAGGAAAGAUUGCUUGGAAGUAUCAAAGCAGGCCAGCUUCUAUUAAUUUAAUGGUUGGGCCUUUGUCUUUUCGGAAAAAGGAAAGACAAGUGCAAAGAAGGGAAAAGCUACAGCGAGCUCCAAAUACGUCGACUCAGCCUAUACUGCUCAAUCAAGAUAAUAUUUCUGCCCAGGAAAACAAUACCACAAAAAAUGUUUUACAGAUUUCCCGUCUACUUCGAAAGCAUCAACCAAUCGAUCUUUUGAAGUUUAUUACAAACCCGGAAAGUUAUUCUCAAACCGUUGAGAACCUGUUUUAUGUCAGUUUUCUUUUUAAAGAAGGAAAAGCGGCCUUAAUUGAAGAUUCAUUAGGAGCGCUUUUACUAGAGAGUAAAACGCCUCCAUCGGAUGAGCAAGUAAAUUCUGGGGAAGUACGAAACGUUCAACUCGUUAUGGACAUGACUUUAGAUCUUUACGAAGAUAUUAUACGAACUUUUGAAAUUACGGAUAGCAUUAUACCAACGCGACGACCAGUAGAGACUGCCGCUAGUAGUAAUACAUGGUACAGUUAAUUUUGGAAAGGAAAGGGAAUGUUUAUUAGUUGUAAAUUAUGAAUUAAUUUUUAUUAGCCCGA